AUGAGAAUUGCUCAUCUGCUUUUGGGGGUUCGAUUCUUGCUUGAAAUUCACGCAUGGGAACUAUCUGAUGUGCCAGCUCCGGACCUCUUCCUUCGAAGAGGUCUAGCUAAUGUUGUUGUUAUCGGUAACUUUCUCUACAUCGAUGGUGGGGAGGUCUCUCAGCUCGACGCCGAAGGAAAGCCAUAUAUUUUCUUUGAUUACCAAAGGGGUAACUUAGUCAAUUCUACCCUUUCAAUCGAUUUGUCGGGAUCAUGGUCCCCCGCCAACGUUUCAAUCCGAAAAGUACCAAAAGAACCAUACGGCAUGGAUAGGCAAGCACUGUGGGAAAGGACAGACAGCGACUCAUUCUACAUAUGGGGAGGACACACCGCCAACACUCUCUACCUGAAGGACGAAUCGCUGUCUACUGGAUCGUGGAAGUUUCAAGCCGAUGGUAGUGGUGGUGGCCAAUGGACGAAAGAGACCCCCGUCAACCCCACAGAAUUCGCAGAGCUAGUGAGAAGUGAGGACGGAGCAUAUGCCAGUACUCCUAACGGGGGCUUUUGGUUCGGAGGCUGGGCAGGAACUCGAACGAAGGUGAACGCGACUAAUGGCGACGCGGACUUAGCUCCAGCUGGAGCUACUCCAGGUAUGGUUGUUUACGAUUGGAAUUCCAACCAGUGGUCGAAUGAGACAGCCGCUUUUAGGGCUGCCUUUCCUCCAUACGGGACAGUGAGAGGUGCAAGAGCACUGUAUGUCCCCACCUUUGGACCAAAUGGCAUAGUCGUGCUCCUCGGUGGCUUCAUGGCGACUUUGGACCCAAUAGUAAGUGGAAGCGAUAGCCUCCACCAAUGGAUGGAUAUCUCCAACAUUACAUUCAUGGACCCGGUCUCCAAGAAAUGGUAUAGCCAAUUGACUACAGGCUCUGCUCCGACCAGACGACAAUGGUUCUGCAUGGUGGGGCUCAGGAGCAGAACUACAUAUGAAAUAUUCUUGUUCGGCGGAACAGCUGGGUCCUCUAAUAGAGCAUACAGCGAUGUCUUUGUAUUGAGUCUGCCGGGUUUUGUUUGGAGACAGGUGCAAUUCGACGACGUAUCUCCACGAACCGAUCACCAUUGCGCAGUAGUAGGGAACCGGCAGAUGAUCGUCGUUGGUGGAAGGACCACAAGCAAGAGUGCGGCAAAUCUGGAAGGAUGGACUCUCCCAGACCCGUGGCCUCAAGGGCUUGGUUUGUUCGACCUGACGGAGUGGACUUGGAAGGACGAGUACAACGCCAGCGCUGAGGCUUAUCAUAGCCAUCAAGAGAUUCAACGUUGGUACCGUGAGAAGUAA